AGUUGCUGUGUUUCCGGCGCGAAUGUCACCGCGGUGCUAAUGCGACGGCUGGAGAGAAAUCGAGGUGGAAGAAAGGGAUUAACCAGAGCCAGUGGCGGUACUGACCCAUAAAGGGGACUUUAGAGCUUUUCCUUACGAAAACAAAGCAAGUAGAUCUCGGUGAUUGACUUCAAGGAGCAGAUCCCUGCCGGCUCGGUUAUUUACGUAUCUGUCUAGAUCGGAGGUUUAGGCAUGAACUGAACUGAAAAUGAAUGUCAACCAGCAACCUCACAUGGCCUCUCCUUACGGACAGCCGCAGUCUAGCUUCCAAGGCUACCCACAGUCUGGCUAUGGGGGUCAGCAGAUGCCUGGGGGUUACCCGGCCCAGUAUGCUCCAUACAACGGGCCUGCCUCUAAUUUCCAAACAGGUCCACCUCAAGGAUAUACUCCUUAUGCAAGCUUUCCCUCUAAGGCUCUUGCAGCAAACUUAGUCUCUGACCUGUCCUCUUCCUCUCCUCUUGACUUGGGUAUGAGAGGACCCCCCACAUCCGGUGCACCCCCGGUGUCUGCAGCUCAGCCCUACUCACAGUUUGGGCAGAGUGACGUACAGAAUGGCCCACCAUCUAUGGGUGCCCCUCCACAAAGGCCACCUGUGUCUCAGCCGUACACUCAAGGAGCAAUGAACUUGUCAGGUCCUCAGCCUGCAUACAACCAGCAGUUUGGAGCACCACCUACCAGUAUGCAGCAGGUGACCAAUCAGAUGGCAGGCAUGCAGGUUGGGUCCACUGUACCCUCCUCAGCUGGCUCAGGCUACGCUCAACCUGCCAUCUCCCAGGCUCCUGUGUCAGCCCCUCAAUCCUCUUUUGCCCCCACGUCUCCUGCCCCCACUUGGCCCCCUCCCACCUCAGGUGCACCCCAUACAUCAGCUCAGUCCUAUUACGGGGCUCCUCCUCCUCCUCAGCAACCAUUCCCAGGUACAGCCCCGCCUCACUCCUCUGCCCCUGGUCCGACCCAGCUCCCUCCUCCACCCAUGGCUUCACAGCAGACUUUUAGUCAGGCCUCUCCUCUUUCACAGCCUCAAUUCUCAUCAGCUCCACCUACAGGUCCUGCUGCAUCUUAUGGAGGCCCACCACCACCACCACCAACAACAGUGCAGGCCACUCACCCUAGAGCACCCCUUCCCACUUCCCAGCCUUCAGCUUUCUCUGGAGGGCCUCCACCCAGCUCCGCCCCAUCUCAGUAUCCAGCAGCCAUGCCCCCUGCCUCACAGCCCUCUCCAUUCCACUCAGGUCCUCCUCCACCCACUGGUCCUGCUGGAUUUCCAGCCCAAGCAGGUGCACCUCCCAGGCCUCCACACUCAGGCAUGCAGGGCCCUCCUAUGGCCUCUCAGGGGCCUCCCAUGUCCCAAGCAAACCAUGUGACUCCUUCACAGCCUGGGAUGUUGCAUGGACCCGCUGCUCCUGGAAUGGCACCACUCCAGCCAGGGAUGCAGGGAUAUCCACCUCAGCAGAAUGGUGCUUUUGGGCAAGUCAGAGCUCCUCAGCCUGGCUAUAGUGGACCAUAUUCUGGGCAGCAAGGCUUCGGAGCUCCGCCGCCUGCACAAGCUCCUCCUCCUCCAGCAGUGAAGAGACUUGAUCCAGACUCCAUCCCCAGCCCGCAAGCCUCUGACAUACCGCCUGUGCAGAAAACAAGACAUAGAAUAGACCCAGACGCUAUUCCCAGCCCAAUUCAGGUGAUUGAGGAUGACAAGGUAAACAAAGGCAGCGAGCCUUUUGUCACUGGGGUCAGAGGUCAAGCCCCACCCCUUGUCACUACCAACUUCCAUGUUAAAGAUCAAGGGAAUGCAAGUCCACGUUUCAUCCGUUGCACAACCUAUAACAUGCCGUGUACCUCGGACAUGGCCAAACAGUCCCAGGUGCCACUGGCUGCAGUCAUCAAACCUCUGGCUAAUCUGCCUCCAGAUGAGAACCCUCCUUAUGUAGUGGAUCACGGGGAAAGCGGACCUAUCCGCUGUAAUCGCUGUAAGGCUUACAUGUGUCCCUACAUGCAGUUCAUCGAGGGUGGAAGACGCUUCCAGUGUAGCUUCUGCAGCUGCGUCACGGAAGUGCCUCCACAUUAUUUCCAGCAUCUGGACCACACAGGGAAGCGUGUAGACUGCUACGACCGACCCGAGCUGUCACUUGGCAGCUACGAGUUUGUAGCCACCGUGGAUUAUUGUAAGAACAACAAGAUUCCUCAGCCUCCAGCCUUCAUCUUCUUAAUUGACGUGUCCUACAAUGCUGUGAAAAGUGGCAUGGUGAAGAUGGUAUGCCAGGAGCUUAAGACCCUGUUGGACUUUUUGCCCAGGGAGAACCCUGAUGUGGAGUCCAGUAUAAGAGUAGGUUUUGUGACCUACAACAAAGUGCUGCACUUCUACAAUGUGAAGGCUUCUCUGGCCCAACCACAGAUGAUGGUGGUCUCAGAUGUGGCAGACAUGUUUGUGCCCUUGUUGGAUGGAUUUCUUGUCAAUGUCUCUGAGUCCAGGGUUGUCAUUGAGAGUUUGUUAGAUCAGAUCCCCGAGAUGUUUGCUGACACACGAGAGACAGAGACUGUAUUUGGUCCUGUUAUCCAAGCUGGACUGGAAGCGCUUAAGGCUGCAGACUGCGCUGGAAAGCUGUUUCUCUUCCACACCUCUCUGCCCAUCGCCGAAGCUCCGGGCAAGCUGAAGAACAGGGAAGACAAGAAACUGGUUGGCACAGACAAAGAAAAAACUUUAUUCCAGCCCCAAGUGAGCUUCUAUGCUAACCUGGCAAAGGAGUGUGUGGCACAAGGCUGUUGUGUGGAUCUCUUUUUGUUCCCUAAUCAAUAUGUAGACGUGGCAACAUUAGGGGUUGUACCUACUUCAACAGGAGGUUCCGUCUAUAAAUACACCUAUUUCCAGGCCCAGUCUGACCAGGAGAGGUUUCUGAACGAUCUGAGGAAAGAUGUGCAGAAGCAGGUGGGCUUUGAUGCAGUGAUGAGGGUUCGCACAAGCACUGGUAUCCGGGCCACAGACUUUUUCGGUUCAUUCUACAUGAGCAACACCACAGACGUAGAGCUGGCAUGUCUGGACUGUGACAAAACCGUCACAGUGGAGUUCAAACAUGAUGACAAGCUCAGUGAGGAGACUGGAGCACUCGUCCAGUGUGCUGUGCUAUACACCAGCUGUGGUGGUCAGCGGCGACUGCGUAUCCACAACAUGGCAGUGAACUGCUGUGCACAGCUGGCUGACUUGUACAGGAAUUGUGAAACAGACACCAUCAUCAACUUCUUUGCUAAGUAUGCUUACCGCAGUGUACUGAACAACCCUACCAAGAACGUGCGAGACAGUCUGGUGAACCAGUGUGCCCAGAUCCUGGCCUGCUAUCGCAAGAAUUGUGCUAGCCCGUCUUCAGCUGGGCAGCUGAUCCUCCCAGAGUGCAUGAAGCUGCUUCCUGUGUAUCUCAACUGUGUACUGAAGAGUGAUGUUCUGCACCCUGGAGCAGACAUCUCCUUAGAUGAUCGCUCCUAUCUGAAACAGCUGGUCAGCGCCAUGGAUGUGGCAGAGAGCCAUGUUUUCUUUUACCCACGGCUGCUUCCAGUGCACAAGUUGGAUGUGGAGAGUGAUGCUCUGCCUGUGGCAGUCAGGGACUCUGAAGAGAGGCUGUCUAAGGGGGGCAUUUACCUCCUGGAGAAUGGCCUAAACCUUUUCCUUUGGGUGGGGGUGAACACCCAGCAGGAGCUCCUCCAAAACAUCUUUGACACCUCUGCCUUUAGCCUGAUCGAUCCUAACAUGACGUCUUUGCCAGCGUUGGAUAAUCCAUUCUCCAAGAGGCUGAGGGAGGUUAUCGAGUCUUUCCGUGCCGAGCGCUCUCGCUACAUGAAGCUGCUGGUAGUGAAGCAGGAAGACAAACUUGAGCUCAUCUUUAAGCAUUUCCUUGUGGAGGACAAAAACAACAGUGGUGGAGCUUCUUAUGUGGACUUCUUGUGUCACAUGCACAAGGAGAUUCGCACCCUUCUGAGCUAGGACAGCUCCUUUUGCCCUUUAUAUUUUACAAACCAGUUCUGUCCUCCUGUCAUUUCCCCUCCUCUAAUGUACCGUUCUAUGAAGCGCAGAAGGAAAUUCAUGUUUCUCUCUAUGCUCUGUCACAUUCUGGUGUCUGUCCGUGAUUCGGUCGGGUGGGGUGGGGGUGCGAGCUGUGUGUGUGUGUGUGUGUGUGUGUGUGUGUGAGAGAGAGAGAGAAUGUUUGUGUACAUGAAUUGGCAUAUGUAUGAGGGAUGCUGCUGAUAUUUCCCACCACUUCCCGAUAUAGUAACAGAUUAUCCAACGCAGCUGCUGUAAGGAUCACUUUAUUCCCGAACAAACACUUAAGUGCAGAAUUAACAAUGUGUUAAUCAAAAUGCAGGAUAAUAGGCUUUAAAACUGUGUGCAUGUGUGUGGACUGUGAGUGUGGGAACACUGGCACCGUAGGUAGUAGUAAACACGUUAAUGAUUGAACCCGGUUUUCUCAAAAAGAUCCCGACGAAUAGAAAUGAAAAUUUCCAAAUAACUUAUUGUUUCCAUCAUUUCAUUUUUUUUUUUUUGCUGUCGUGGAUGUUUUCUGUUCAAUUAGUCCUCGUGUUUGAUUUACAGCCAUGGCCUUACUGACCUAUGUCUAUUUCUCACCCAUUUCUCUGCUGGUCUUUGUGUUUUGUUAUCCUUUUAUUGUAAUCGGUAUUGGUUUGAAAGUGUGCAGAAACCUCUUGCCUGGAUGGAUUAAUUGGAAGCAGAAUAUUUAAGUGUGCUGUUCACUGUCCAUACAUCUAACUCUUCUGAUUAUAACUCUCACUAUAAAAUUCUAUGCAUCAUGUUAGCUAUGGACGGAGAAACAUAACCAGCAAGCCUAACGUCUAAAUGAAGAGGGAAUCGAAUGAGUGCUGAGUGAACUGCGCAUGCCUGAAGCUGUGAUACUGUGUGAGCAUUGAGAACAGACGAAGAAUUCUCCUAUUGUGGAGAGGAUAUGGGGUCUAUCAGAAAGCUGUCUGACUGGGCCGGAUGAUUUAGUUCAGAUUAGCCAGCUGGACGGGAGUUUAUGCAGUCGAGCUUUUCUUAAUGAGGAUGGAGACUGUCGUCCAGAUGGCAGCCAUCUUCAAAGAAAGCUUCAGUACCUGGGCUUAUAUUACAGGAACAGCUACACAUACUUUUUCUGAUGUCUCCAGAUUUGUUUCUUUUAUUUUUACCCCCCCCCCUUUUUUUUUUCUUUCAGUGUAUGCUCCAAGUGCUAACCUGUAUCAUAAAUCAUUUGUGUAUCAUUUUACAAUCCAAUAUUCAUUUCUAAAUGUUUUUGAGGGAUAUAAUCCUGGGUGAAGCAGCCAGAGUCAGGCGCAGACAUCAGCACUGACUUCUCGUCUGCCUUGGUCUUGUCUUUCUAGUGAAAUAACCUAUGUACAGCAAAGGCAUACGGUAAGAGUAGCGGGAGAGAUUUAGAACUGCCGAUUUCUAACCGUUUUCAAGCAUGUGCAGGAUUGUGACUUGAAAAGCAAUCAACACUGAAUACCUUGUCAUCACAUGUAUUUACAUGUACAGAAUUAAAAAUCACAUUUUAAACAUGA